AUGUCUUUCAGAACGGCAGCCAUCCUGGCCACGAGGGUGAGCCGGCAGCCACUAGCUAGCAAGCUCGUCGCUGCUCGCACUCCUGCAGCAGCACAGCGGGCCUUUCACGCCACGCCGGCCGCCUUCAUCAAGGUCGGCGACCCGCUGCCCGGCCUCGAAGACGUGCUCAUGGAGAACUCUCCUGGCAACAAGGUCAACCUGGCCCAGGAGGCUCAGGCCCUUAACAAGAUGAUCCUGCUCGGCGUGCCCGCCGCCUUCUCGCCCGCGUGCUCGGCCAAGCACAUCCCCGGCUUCAUCAACCACCCGCGCACCAAGGAGUUUGACUUGGUGGCUGUGGUGUCCGUCAAUGACCCCUUUGUAAUGAAGGCAUGGGGCGAAGUCCUCGACCCGGCGGGCGAUCAUAACAUCCGCUUCCUUGCCGACCCCUCGGGCAGGUUCACCAAAGCGAUGGACAUGGACUUUGACGGAUCCUCCAUCUUUGGCAACCACCGGUCCAAGCGCUACAGCAUCCUGAUCGAGAACGGCAAGGUCACGUCGGUAAACGUUGAGCCCGACAACACGGGCACCAGCGUGUCCAUGGCCGAGAACGUGCUCGGGCCGGCUUAG